AAAUUUUACAUAAGCCAUGUAUACCUCCUCCCAAUCAGAAUUAAUCCAAUUGUAAAGGAUUGUCACACCUUUACAAUAUUAUAUUUACAGUGGGCCUCAUUUGCAGUAUUAAAGCAUUGGCACACUUCUGAGAUGCCCAUAUUUUCAGUGACCCACAUUGCAGCAUUAAUCUGAAGCAGAAACAAGAAGGAUGGGGAGUAUAAAAAGGCACUAAAGGCUAAAACAAGUGCAGAAGAAGUAGUAGUGAGGAAAGUAAAGUGGAAGGACAAUGUUUACUCCAAUGCCUGAGAAACCAGCUUCUGUCUCUUGGCUUUGGACUCAGGUCUUAACAUGUUGGAAGAACCUGACAGCAAUGUCUAUUUGUCUCAUAAUAUUUGCCCUAGCCCUGCUGCUGGAUUACAUGAAGCGGAGGAAGAAAUGUGAUCGCUGUCCACCGGGACCUGCCCCUCUGCCUUUCAUUGGAAACAUCCUCUGGUUUAAUAGAAAAAAUCCAAGUGAAUCUUUCCGACAAGUAAGUAGUGGCUCUAUCAGUUCUGAGAUCAAUACUCUCUUCACAUUUUCUUAUAUAUUGCAGGUGGAGAAAAUCUUUGGACCAAUCUUCUUAGUCCAGGCAGGCUGGCAAAACUUUGUUAUAAUAAAUGGGUUCAAGUUAACAAAGGAGGCACUAGGAUCGAAAGCUGAGGACUUCAUUGAGAGGCCAGCACUCCCACUAAUAUUUUUAUUAGGCCGUACAAAGAAGUAUGAAGUUUUUUUAUAUUAUUUAGGCAUCAUUUUGGCAACUUCGCACAAUGGCUGGAGGGAGCAAAAGAGAUUUUGUGUUUCCACCCUUAAAACCUUUGGGAUGGGGAAGAAAACACUUGAAAAGAAAGUAUGUGAAGAAGCUUGGUAUUUGUGCUCUGAGCUGAAAUCUAAAGAAGGCUCUCCAUUUGACCCCAAAAUCUCAAUCUUUAAUGCAACCGGUAAUAUUAUUAGUACAUUAGCAUUUGGCGAUCGCUUUGAAUACCAUGAUGAAACCUUCCUGAAGUUAAUCCACUCGACAGAAGAAAUACUAAAGGAUUUAACAAGAAUGGUGCCCGAGAUUGUGUUUGCAAGAUCAUGGUUCUCCUAUCUCCCUGGACCUCAUCAGAAAAUCAAGAAACAUUAUGAUAAUUUCACUGCUGUCUUAAAAAUAAUGGUGGAUGAACAUAAGAAAACCAGAGAUCCCACUUUUCCCAGAGAUCUAAUUGAUGCAUUUUUGGAAGAGAUAGAAAAGGCCAAAGGAAAUCCAGAAACCAGUUUCGGUGAAGAAAACCUUAUUCAUCUUAUGAUUGACCUGUUUGCGGCAGGCACUGACACAACAUCUGUCACCCUACUCUGGGGGCUUCUGAAGAUGAUCCUCUAUCCUGAAGUUCAGAAAAGAGUUCAAGAAGAAAUUGAUAUGGUGAUUGGCCGAAUAAAAUCACCCACAAUGGAGGACCAAUCAAAACUGCCUUAUACCAAUGCUGUGAUCCAUGAAAUUCAACGUUAUGCCGAUAUUGCACCAACUACAAUUCCUUAUAUGACAUACAGAGAUACUGAAGUUGCCAAUUUUGUUAUUCCCAAGGCCACUGUUGUCAUCUGUCAUUUAUCUUCUGUGCUAAAGGAUGAAACAAUGUGGGAAAAACCCCAUGACUUUUACCCAGAGCACUUCCUGGAUGCAAAUGGGAAGUUUAUCAAGCGAGAAGCCUUCCUGCCUUUCUCUGCAGGUCGUCGAGCUUGCACUGGAGAACAGUUGGCUAAAACAGAGCUUUUCAUCUUCUUCACCACUCUCCUGCAACAUUUUACCUUUUGCAUUCCAGAAAACUGUCCCAAACCAACAGAGGAAAGAAUAUAUGCUGUGACAGUCACCCCAGCCCCAUUCCAGCUCUGUGCCAUUCCUAGAUAGAGCACUCGUAUGAGUUCCAAUUAAAGCAGACCCAUUAAAUCAGGUUUAUUCAAUUGAUCUACUCUAAUUGUGAAAAGCCAAUAGGACUGAGGCCGCUGUUUCUAGUGCCUCUAAUCCCUUUUCUGAAUUUGGGGGAUUUAAGCAAGGAGUGGGAGAAGGAUGAAAAUGUUUUGGCCUUCUUGUAGCUUUUUCAUUUCCUUGCCUAUUUAUAGUUAACCAUGCAUUGCAUUCCUCAUUACAUGGGUGGCUGUUGUCUCCUCCCAUUUCAUACCCCUUAGUCAUUGGUGGGGUGUGUGUAUUUUUUUUCUUUAAAAAUUGUGCAAUUCCAGAAGUGCAAAACAUAAAAUUACUUCAUGGGUUUACCUUUUUGGGAACUAAAGCAUU